AUGCGUGCCUACGUUUUUGUAACGCUCUCGGCUCUUCUCGCGACUCUAUGUAUUCAAGACGUCGUCGCUGCCCCGCUGCCGAUGCCCACCGGUUCAGGACACGGCCAAGGAGGCAACAUUUUCAGCGGCACCGUCGAGACAGCAUGGAAAGCAGCGAGUCUCCACAAAUCCGGUGAACAAGCGAAAGCCAACAUAGAACACGGUGCGCGCGUUCGGGGUCAGAUUCUCGCAAACCAGGCCGCACGACAAGCUCAGCAUGAGCGAGAAAAGGCCGCAAAGGUGAAGGCGGAUGCAGAUGCGGCGAAAAGAAUGCACGAACUUUUGCAGGAAUCGAGAAAUGCGUUCAAGGACAAGGGUUCGCCGCUUCUCAAAAAGCAUGAUCGGAGAAGCUACGUUCCAGGACACUCCUUCGAAGAGCUCGAUUGA